ACUCAGUCUCACUGUCACUCAUCAUGUCUCGGUGUCUCCCCGUCCUGCUGCUGUUAGCCCUGGCCUGCCUGGCCCGGGUCGGCUCAGCGCAGCCCGUCGACAGCCGGGCCGAGCUGAAGAAGGUUCAGGCCGCCCUGGAGGAGCUGCAGGCUGAGAGACGAGCGAUGGCCGAGCGUCUGGAGGCGGCCGAGCGGGAACUGAAGGCCGUCAAAGAAACGCCUAAAGUUGCCUUCGCUGCCUCGCUGGGAGGAAACGGCCUCCAGAAGACGACGUCUGGCAACGUAGACCUCGUCUACAGGGACGUCCUGACCAACGUGGGCGGGGCUUACAACCCUGAGACAGGUGUGUUCACAGCACCGAUUCGUGGAGUCUACUACAUCCGCUUCACAGCCAACGGUCCCACGGACUUCACCAAGAGCGCCGUGCUCUAUAAAAACAGCUUGGAGAUCCAGUUGAUCGCCCACGAGCAGCCGUCCGGCGAGGGCAGCGACACGGCGUCCAACGGCGCCGCCCUGCUGCUGGAGAAGGGCGACAGGCUGAAGAUGGUGCUGUGGCACGGCACUCAGAUCUGGGACAACAGCAACCACCACAGCACCUUCAGCGGCUUCCUGCUGUUCCCCAUGGUGGACGAGGCUCCGGCAGAGUUCGACGCUGAAGCCGAGCUGAAGACUCUGCAGGCUUCGCUGAAGCAGCUUCAGACAGAUAAUCUGGGUGUCAAAGAGAGACUGGAGUCCACAGAGAGGGAGCUGCAGGCCAUCAGAGACGUAAAGAAGGUGGCAUUCUCAGCUUCUCUCGGAGGUGACGGCCUUCAGAAGACGACGUCAGGAAGUAAAACGCUCCUCUACAAAGACGUGCUGACCAACAUCGGACAGGCGUACAACGCUGAGACAGGUGUGUUCAGAGCACCUGUGCGUGGAGUCUACUACAUCCGCUUCACAGCCAACGCCCCCACCAACUUCCCCAUGAGCGCCGUGCUCUACAAAAACAACGCUCAGAUCCAGCUGAUCGCCCACGAGCAGCCGUCCGGCGAGGGCAGCGACACGGCGUCCAACGGCGCCGCCCUGCUGCUGGAGGAGGGCGACACGCUGUCCAUGCAGCUGUGGCACGGCACUCAGAUCUGGGACAACAGCAACCACCACAGCACCUUCAGCGGCUUCCUGCUGUUCCCCAUGUGAGGAGGAACACUGUCGAACCUUUAGUCAACAUCUGAGAGGACGUUUUAUCUCUGUUGUAAAACCAUGUUCAGGUUACGUCUCCGCUGACCGAACCGGAGUUCCUCUCUAAUAAAGUUUGACUGAUAAAACUUCACCUACCUGAGCUUUAAAGUUUGAAUAAAAGAAACAGCUUGUUGCA